UCUCCAGGAGUGAUCUUGAUCUCCUCUCAGCUGAUUUGUCAAAUUUUCGUGAACAAUCUGUCGGCUUCAGCUGUAUUUAAGAGAAAAUAUAAGCGAGAAUAAAACUCUUGUAAGGCUCCUGCAAUAUAAUUUUCGUUUAUGGCGAAUUUAUUUAUUCAUCUAUUUAAUUUUCUGAGAUUCCUGCAGCCCUUCCCGAACGCUCGCCGCCUAAUGUUUGUAAACAAAGGCCGGCAUGGCAGAGGGAUGUCCUGACACUGUCAUCGAAGGUGAUCCGGUUCAGGCCCAGUAUUCCAUCUGAGCACACAUGCAUGCAGAGGAAGCUUGGACGUGAUGGCUGAAGGUGACAUUGUUGAGGACUUCUUUGGAGUGUACCUGCUAUUCUGCACCAACCCAAAGUACAAAGGUCGUACCUAUAUUGGCUACACUGUGAACCCAAACAGGCGACUCAAACAGCACAACAAAGGAACUAAAGCAGGUGGUGCCUGGAAGACCAGCAACAGGGGGCCAUGGGAAAUGGUACUACUUGUUCAUGGAUUUCCAAAUGAUAUAUCAGCUCUUGGUUUUGAAUGGGCGUGGCAGCAUCCUCACAGGAGUCGCCGUUUGCGCACUGUUACUCGCAAGAAAGCCAAGGAGCAGAAAUAUGACUUCUGCCUACGAGUCCUGGGCAACAUGCUCCGAGCAAGGCCUUGGUGUCGCUUGCCACUCACCCUGCGCUGGAUAAAACCAGAAUACAUCAGAGACUUCCCACCAGGACUGGAGCCACCUGUGCAUAUUCCUAUAGCAUAUGGGCCUGUCAAACCUGUAAAAGUGAAGAAGCCAGCAGAAAAUAAAUCAGAUGAUGAUAUUGAGGAAAUAGAAACAUGCACUCUAUGUAAGAAGGUGGUGGAGGAGGUUGAUAAAAUGAGAUGUCUGUCCUCAUCCUGCCUUUUGGUUGCUCACAUGAAGUGUUUGGCACAUGAAAUGCUAAAAGAUGAUAUUCCUGGUAUGUUGGUACCACUGGAGGGUUGCUGUCCAAGCUGUGACAUCCCUGUGCUGUGGGGAGAUUUAGUCAGGUUGAAACGAGGCUGCUACCAACAGAAGAAGUCAGAUAAUAGUGAUGAUGAAGACUGGGUUGAUAGUUUAUCACAGGCUACCUAAGAAUUCAGGUAAAAACAUAGCUUGUGAAUGUAACACACACACACACGCGUAGUGUAGUGGUGAGCACGCUCGGCUCACAACCGAGAGGGUCCGAGUUCAAAUCCCGGAAAGCGGCGAGGCAAAUGGGUAAGCCUCUUAAUGUCUUGCCCCUGUUCACUUAACAGUAAAUAGGUACGGGAUGUAACUCAAGGG